AUGGCAUAAUUGUAAGAUUAUUUUGAUAAAAAAGUCAUAGAACACAAGAAGUUAUUCGAUCUUUGAAAUAAAAUAAAGAGUUGGAUGAAAAAGUUACAAUAAAUUAAUCAAACCCAAACAAAUUAUAAAAACAAAACCAAUAGCAGUAACAGUAAUCAUAGAAAAAAAAACAAGAAAUUGAUUAACUGUAUGAGGAAAGUGUAAACUAAUCAUAAGCCAAAAUGAUAAUAACUGGAAAAGCAGCUGAUAAUGCAGUCUAAGUAAAUAUUAUAUUUAAAACUGAGUAAUUGGAUAAUGACUUAAAGAAAUAAGAGGAGAACUUGAAGACAAGUACUGCGACUGAUCAUAAAAGAGGAUUUUUUACAUUAAGUAAACAGGAGAAAGAGAAGAGAAAGAAAAUUAAUUAGGAAAUUGAAUUAAGCAAAGAAAUAUUUUAGAAUGCAAUUUAAAAUGAACCAUUAUAUUGUAAAUGUUAAAAGCCUUCUUUUGGAUCAAUGGUUAUGUGCGAUAAUUAAUAAUGCUCAAAACAAUGGUUUCAUCUAGAAUGCGUAAAACUAAAAGAGUUCCCUCCUCAAAAAGAGCCUUGGUUUUGUUCUUCAAAAUGCAGAAAAGAAGGCAAAGGAGAUUUGCAAAAGUGA